GCAGGCAGAUUCUUAACCACUGUGCCACCAGGGAAGCCCCCAUGACCUCACUUUAAGUUGAUGGCUUCUGAAACACCCUGUCUCCAAAUAAGGUCACAUUCUGACGUCCUGGGAAUUACGGCUCCAAUGCAGUCAUCCCUCAGUGUCCGUGGGGGAUUUGCUCCAGGAACCCCUCCGUUUACCAAAAUCCGUGGAUGCUCAAGUCCCCUAGGUAGCCAUCCACAUCUGUGGGCUCUGGAUCCGAGGAUUCAACAAACCACUGAUAGAAAUUUCAGUCCAAGUUGGGGUGAAUUCUCGGACGUGAGACCCACAGAUCCGGAGGGCCAACUGUAUAUUGGAGAAAACGCACGUAUAAGUGAACCCGUACUGUGCAAAGCCAUGUUGUUCAAGGGUCAACUGCUCAUCUUUUUUGAAGGGACACAAUUUAACCCACAACAGUCUGCCUUCUAGCCCUCCAAAAUCCACGCUCCUCUGUCACCACAUCACAACGUCCCCCAGUUCGAGCAUCAGCUCUAAGUCCCAAAUCUCACCACCUAAAUCAUCCAAAUCAGAGACGGCUGAGACUCAGGGUAUGACUGAUUCAUCCUGGACAAAAUUCCACUCCAUCUGUGAACCUGUGAAACCAGGCAAGUUAUUUGCUUCCAAAAUACAUUGACGGGACAGGCAUAGGCGAGACAUACCCAUUCCAGCAGGAAGAAAUCAGAAGGAAAAAAGGGUCACCAGUCCCGAGCAAAUCUGAAACCCAGCAGGGCAAAUUCCUUAGAUUUCAAGUGUUGAGAAAAAUCCCCUUUGGCUUGGUCAUCUGUGCUAUCGGCAGGCCCACCAGGUGACGGCCCACCACGCCCUGCUCCAUGCCAGGAAGCUGUGUUUGUUAUCCAUGUAAAGUUGAGAGUCGGUUGAGAUUAAUACCUCACUGCUUCUGCAUUAUUAUAUCUGUAACACAUGCUCUUGCAUCAACAUAGGGACCAUGGAAAACCCCCAGCACCGCCUCAAGGCUGAUAUCUGAGCAGCCGCCACCUUUGCUUUCUAUCCGUACACAAAAGCUUACAGGGAAAGAUCAGAUCACGCCAUGCCUGUCAGUCUGCAGCCCCCUAUUUUACACCCCCGAUGGUGGAUCGUGGAUGGCUUUUGUGACACUGCACAUGGACGUGAUUCCUUCUCGUCAGGAAAGUCAUCCUCUUCCAUGGAUAGACCGUGAGUUCGUCAGCUGCCCCCCGGCAGACCCGGAGGUUAUGUCCAGCCUUGGCUUUUUCGGACAGUUUACCGAAGCCUCUUUGUGCCAGUAUUGUUAGGUACAGUCGGUUUUAUUUCUGUAGGACAUCCGUAGGGCAAAGGGCUUGGCUGUGCACUUUCAGUCUUCAUAGACCUUCACGAUUACUUUCCCCAAAGUUAGAGUAAUUCACACUUGCAGCAAUUUCCUCAAAGGUGUCAAUACAAGGUACUAACAGUAUGUUUAGUUUUAUCCAGAUAAAACAAGUAACUGUUUCCAGGCGCAUUCCUCUUAACACCGGUGGGAACGCGCAUCAUUUCAUCUGUUUUGACCGUUGUAUAAUUUCUCUUGUGUGCGCUGCGUUAGGUUUUCACAUAUUUUCCCCAUUUUUAUACUGGGGUAUUUGUAUAUUUCUUAGCAAUUUUAAGAGCUCUUUGCCUACUGAAGAUAUUGACUAAUUCUUUGUUCUGUGUGUUUCAAAUAUAUUUCAUCCAGUCUGUCAUUUAAAAAAAUUUCUUUAUUGUGUCUUUUGCAAUGUAGAGGUCACAAGUUUUUCUGAAGCUGAAUUUGUCAAAAUUUUCUUUUGUCUUGCUUUGAAAAGCCUUCCUUACUCUCAGUUUCUACACAUAUCCUCCAAUAGUCUUUCUAAUAUUUUCAUAGUUUUUAUUUGCUUUCUUUCCAUUUUGAUUCUCAGGCCAUCUUGAUUUUUGGAAACAGCGAGACAGGUGACAAAGUCAUUUUAUCCCAGCGAUACACCUGUUGGUUGCCACCUCAUCUAUUAAGUAGCCCACCUUCCCCGCGGAAGUGAGACGCUCUCCCUUUAGUGUCUGGACCCAUCUGCACUCAUCCUGGAUGCCUGCUUCUGCCUCAUUUAUCUCCUUCUACUGCAGCAUCCCAUUAUUCCCGGUUAGACAAAUUCCUAUCAAGAUGUUUUCAUUUUUCAAAAUUGUUGACAAUUCUUACACAUUUAUUUUUCCAGAUAAACUUUGAAAGGAUUUUGUCCCGUUCCAAGACACCUGGGUUUGGGGUUGGUGUUGCCUUCAAUAUGGCUUCACUUGGGAGGGACCAUUGCUUCUUCCCAGCAUCACUGCUCCAUGUGGCAGCGCAGGGAAGCCUAGAUUCAUCUCUCCUCAGUGGAAAAGGGGCCAGAAGUGCAGCCCCCGCCCUUCCGGAGGGACGUGCUGGGAGCUGCGGACGGGGACUCUCUCUCCAUCCUGCAUCCAGCAGGGCAGAGAGGUUCCCUGGACCAGGAAAGGGGAGCUUAGAAGAAAUGCACCACUAGGCAGUUUCUCACAUGCUGAGAGUUACUUAGAUUUUUGCUUAGUCUAACAGUCAGCCAGUAAAUAUGAUUUAGUGUAAAAAGAUCAUUCGCUUUCAAACAACCCAAUAAGUUUUCUUCUAAAUUGACUUCCUGAGAAAUCUGACUGGCGAGACUAUCAUGUAAAUCCAAGUCAUUAUGAAUUUCACUUCGCAGCAUCAUCUAACCAGGACCCUUUAAGUAAAAUCGGAGAACGUUUCUCUUUUAUCCUUUUCUGGUAAGAAUGAUAGAAACUUAACUGGAACCAGGAUGGUAAACUUUCACCUCAAACAAAAUUUUUUUCAGAUUUCCAAAUCAAUGCAUAUUUAUGAUAGAAAAUUUGGAAAUACAGAAUCCCCAGUAUAAAAACAAAAGACACUCAGAGUCCCCCACCCGCCAGUAGCUCCUGCUGGAAUUUCGGUUUGUACCUUUUAAGUCUUCCCUUCUAAUAAUUUUUCUGUGCAUUGUACCCAUAAUGUUUUAUUUUAUAAAAUAAUGAUCAUAUAUAAUUCCUUAGGCGCCUCACGUAUUGUGAAGUUUCUUCUGUUAAAAGAAAAAAAUCGAGACAUUUUCUUCUACCUUUUGGGCAUGUAUCAUAUUCGUCUUUACCGUCUUUACCGAAUUCUUUUCUUUUCCAAUCCAGCCUCUACUCCUCCAACUGGAAAAGGAGCUAGCAUUAUUUAAUGAAAGGGUUAAUGAUGGGUAAAAUGCAAUACAAGUACAAUGUAAGGUACAAAUCCUCUAGAUGAGAUGGGAAAUAAAUUGCCAGUAGUCUUUUUUGUGGCAGAAAAUGUUUCUAGGGUAACGUAGUAGUUUGGAUCCAGUUGAGGAAAUCGGCACUUGUGAUGGCCAUUCCCAGCCUCACCCUGCGGCUGACCCUGUUAGAGCAGGUCGGACCUCGGUUCACAGAGACCAGGGGAAAUAUCUAAGUCAUGUGACACCUGCCAGAGGAAGAAGUGCGCCCCAUACGUGCCCGUGGAUGUGACGGUGUUCUGUGGGCAAGUUGUAACGGGAAACCUCACGGAGGACCUUACAGUGUCUCUUGCUCUAGCAGUGGUUAUCGUACCAUUUUCUAAAGAGUAUUUCUUCUGGACUGUUUAUCUGUUCUGGAACGUUAAAUGGAUGGGAUGAGAACAUGAGCAAGGAAUCAGAUCUUACACGUGAAGACACGCAUCGACACUUACUAUCUCAUGGUUUCCUUGGGGCAGAAACCUGGUCGAAUGAAACUGGGUCUCUUCUCUGCACCCCACAGACAGCAACCGUGUGUCCCCAGGUUUCGUUCAUCCCUGGAGGUCCUGGGGGAGAAGCCCCUUCCAAGCCCACUGGGGACAGUGACAGAAUUCACUUCUCACCUUUUCUCCUCCCCCGAAUAGCAAGUCAGCAGUGGCAGUUUACGUCCUUCUUACGUUCAAAUCUCUCUGAAUUAUGCUUCCUGGCUUCUCCGGUUUUAGAGGCUCAGAUGAUUACCCUGGGCCCACGUGGAGAGUUCAGCACGAUACUUCUGUGUUCGUUUUAGGUCUAGUGCAACAAAUCCUCACAAACUAAGGGGCUUAAAGAGGAGGCGUUUGUUCUCCCUCUGUGUCAGAGGCCGGACUCCAGGGCUCAGCAGAGCUGCUCUCUCUCUGAGCCUUGUAUGAUCGCGCAGCCUCUCACAGCCCAUUCUGAGCCCCCAAAUGUCCACAUUUGCUGAUACGUGUCCUUUCUUCCUUCUGUAUGUCCCGCCAGCAUGAAGCUCACAGAACAGGACUCCACCAUCAACAUCCCAGGCGAGAGCUCCUCGGGGCUGCAGGAACUGGAUGCCAACCUGAGUUCAUCCACAGUGGGAGGGAAGUGGAGGAAGUUCCUGCCGCCACUGUCCAGGUGCCCAAGUGUGACCUCCCUCAGGACCAUCCGCCCAGAGAGCUCCCUGAAACUCGAGGAUGCAAAGGAUCGACGAGACGUAAGGCAGCACAUGGAGGGAGACGUGGCUGAAAACCAAGGCUCAGCUUCAGGAGCCCAGGGACCUGCGCCGACUGAGAGCCCCUUGCAGGGCUCCUUCUCUGCCAGUAGGCUGCCUGUGGAGUCGGUCCCGGAAACCCAUGAUCUCCUGUCCUCUCUGCGCGGCCAAAGGAAGGACACGUGGUUCCAGAAGCCCUGGGACGUCCUCCCCAGUAGCCAGAAGCCCUGGAGCUUGGAGUCCACGGUCAUCAACAUCUCCGGGAGGUGCCAGGAGAUGCCCCACGUGUGGGCAAUGGCGCCGUACACCCAGGUGCCCAAGGGCCUGCCCGUCAUCGAGGAAGAAGAGUAUGGGAUGAAGGUGACCCCUGUCGUCAGCGUGGAGGAGGGCUGCAGCCCCGAGGAGGCCACUGAGCCCGGCAGCUCCGCCAAGGUCACCAUGAUCAUAGUGUCUGAGGACCCGGAGCCCGAGGACCGGGCUGCUCAGCCUGAAUAGAGCAAGCGUGUCCCCCAGGGCCCCAGGACGCCCCUCCCUCCAGAGCUGCUCACACAGCCUGGCCUCAUUUCCAAUUCUAGGAGGAGACCUGGGCCCUGUGGUCCGCCGUCAGACCCCGCCGUCCACUGUCAGACCCCACACCCUCCGUGAGAGUCGGGAGGGAAGAGGGAGCACAGGAGCCCCUCUGCUGCUGGCUGCGUGGGCAGGGCUUUGUGAUCUCUGCACUUCACUCACUCUAGAAGCCAUAUUCUGAAGACUCGCAUACUCUUCUAAGCACGUCUAAGUGUUGUUCCAGGAAGGAAGAGGAUUCAGGAUGGCGCAGGUCCCGUGUUUUUACUCUGUUGACUUAAUGUUUUUAACUGUAUGAAUUUAAGUAGCUUUUAAGAAAAUUCUUCAGAAUUCCUUAGUAAGUUUU